CUGCGAGCAUCUUGGAGUCUGCCAUUGAGAUGAUGCUGAAGUGCUUGAAGGAAUGGUGUUGAGUGAAGUGCACCAGUCCAAACGCUGGUUCUGCAGAGAAACAGAUCGGCCGGGCGGCGAUCUAGAUUUUGUUUUUGCUCUCGGGCAGGUUUCAUUUUAAAAAAAAUUUUGCAUUUCGGAGCUUAUUUAUCGGAGUGUUUUAUCUGAGUGUAGAAAGAGGGGGAAUUAUGCAGCCGAGCGUGUACAGAGCAAGAGCCGAGAAACAGAAAGGGAGACACAACUCAGUGACUGUGGAAGUGUUUCUCCAGGGAGGCGCUCCCUGGGGAUUCACGCUGAAAGGUGGUCUUGAACAUGGGGAGCCGCUGAUCAUCUCCAAGAUUGAGGAAGGAGGAAAAGCAGACUUGCUAACAAGCAAACUGCAGGUGGGGGAUGAAGUGGUCAAUAUAAAUGACGUGGAGCUGAGCGGCUACAGACAAGAGGCCAUCACACUGGUGAAAGGCUCCUACAAGACCCUGAAGCUGCUCAUUCGCAGGUACGAGAUGCAAUCUGGUCAUCUGAAGAUACUCUCUGAAUCUAAUAAAGACAGUUAA